UGCCUCCGAUUAUUAAUCAGCUUAGGUGAUGUCAGUCGGGGAAGGAGGGACCCGGGAAGAAACGGUUAGGCAGGAGGCUGAAGAGGAGAGUGGGGCUGGGGAAGACCCCCCUUCCGAACUGCGGGGCUUGCGCUCUGGGACAAGCCAGAAGCCAGCGAAGCUGCCGCAGCCUGCGUGGGUGGCUGGGGAGCUCAGCUAGUCAGAGCAGAAGGAGCCCGAGGAGAAGGCAGAAGGAAGGGAAGGAUGGACCCGUCCGCAGCCCUGCUGCCCCUCGCCGCCAACGACAGCAACGCCUCAGAGCCUGGAGGGGGCAACCUCACUUCUGGCUUUUCACCACCACGCCUGUGGCGAGUGUCCUAUGUCAACAUCAUCAUGCCUUCUGUGUUUGGCAUCAUCUGCUUGCUGGGGAUCGUGGGGAACUCGAUGGUCAUCUUCACCGUGGUGAAGAAGUCCAAAUUCCAUGGGUGCAACAACGUCCCCGACAUCUUUAUCAUCAACCUUUCUGUGGUGGACCUGCUCUUUCUCCUGGGCAUGCCCUUCAUGAUCCAUCAGCUCAUGGGCAAUGGGGUCUGGCAUUUUGGAGAAACCAUGUGCACACUCAUCACGGCCAUGGAUGCCAACAGCCAGUUCACCAGCACCUAUAUCCUCACGGCAAUGGCCAUUGAUCGCUACCUGGCCACGGUCCACCCCAUCUCCUCGACCAAGUUCAGGAAGCCCUCUGUGGCCAUCCUGGUGAUCGGCCUCCUCUGGGCACUCUCCUUCAUCAGCAUCACCCCAGUGUGGCUCUACGCCAGACUUAUCCCCUUCCCUGGAGACACUGUUGGCUGUGGCAUUCGCCUGCCCAACCCAGAGACUGAUCUGUACUGGUUUACCCUGUACCAGUUCUUUCUGGCCUUUGCUGUGCCCUUCGUGGUCAUCACAGUAGCCUACGCACGGAUCCUGCAGCGGAUGACGUCUUCAGUGGCCCCGGCUUCUCAGCGCAGCAUCCGGCUCCGGACCAAGAGGGUGACGCGCACAGCCAUUGCCAUCUGCCUGGUCUUCUUCGUGUGCUGGGCACCCUACUAUGUGCUGCAGCUGACCCAGCUCUCCAUCAGUCGCCCCACUCUGGCCUUCAUUUACCUCUACAAUGCGGCCAUCAGCCUGGGCUACGCCAACAGUUGCCUCAACCCCUUUGUCUACAUCGUGCUCUGUGAGACCUUCCGCAAACGUCUGGUGCUCUCAGUCAAACCGGCUGCCGUAGGGCAGCUCCGGACGGUCAGCACUGCCCCCACUAUGGAGGAGAUGACCGAAACCAAAAGUGCCUGACACUCCCUCCGUGCUCCGGGCACUGCCAACGAACGCAGCCCAACCAAGACCAGUUAGUGGGGGGCUGGGGGAGGAUUAUGGGUAAAAGACCCAGAUAAAACUGGGUUCAGGUGACGCUGAGCCAACUGGGAGCCAUGGUGAGAAACCAGGCAUAUGUCCGAACCCCCACCUCGGGAGGGUGUGCCCAGCAAAGGUCUGAGUGAGAGUGACAGAAAGCAAUCGGAUAACGAAAGAGAAACGUUCCAUUUAACCUUCUAGUCACAUCUCCUCAUGCUGCACAUAGACGGUUGGCUCUGUCAUCCACCAUUUCCCCAAGGAGCAUCUGGGAAGCUUCUGGCUGGCUCUAGACUCAGGCCUCACCAAGAGCUGGAGGAGCAGGAGCUGAAGUGGGCUGGGAGGGCCUGGGGGAAGGGGCUGGGCCAGUGACCCCAAAGCUCUUCCUCAUUUCUCCUCUGCAUGAAAAACCAAACCAAACUAGUUUUUCUCCUGAGAUGGUGGAUGAAAAGAGACAGAGCAAGCCCUCUCUCCCACUCUCUCAGCACCCCAACAACAUCUCUGCUUUAGCUGCUUCUCUUGGGAAAUGCAUGCUUUGGGGAAAGGGGGACUGGCAAUCCCCUGCUGUCCCCCAUGCCUGGAAGAGACCCUCCUUCCUUUCCUCAAAGGCCCAGCUCAGCUGCCAUGUCCUCCCUGUACCCACCCCCGAAUUCUGCCCCCUCCCUCCUCCAGGGACUUUGCCUGGGUCCCUGCUUUGCUUCUCUAGUCUUUUAACUUGUGUUAUAUUUAUCCAUGCACCUGUCAAAUCCCCUAUUUGACUGCAAGCACAAUGGGGGCAGGGGUUAGGUCAUCGUUCAGCUUUGUAUCUCUAGCAUGGGGACCAGGGCCCUGCACACAGCAGGGGAUUAAUUAAUGGUUUUUGUAUUGAAUUGAAUUGAGAAGCCAAUAACAGCUAAGAAGACUAGGAUAGCGAACAAGGCUGCCAUCUUUGGGGGGGAUGGAAUGCUGGAGAGGGGUUGAGAAAGGAAAUGAAAACCACAAAAAUUACAACGCCUUUGUAUAUGCUGUGUGUUUACUCAUCUGUGUAUGUGUCAUAUUCCCCAACAGAGUGUAAGCUCCCUGUGGGCAAGGGUUGUUUCCUUCUUGUCUGUGUAUCCUCAGUGCCAAGCACAGUGCCUGGCAUGCAGAAGGCA